GCUUCAUUCAGCUCAAGAAAAAGAAAAGAAAAAAAUCUUGGUCCUCCUCAUCCACUACACUACGCCAAUCUAAGCAACGUGUCGCUAAACCAAGCCCAGUGCGCAUCACGCACCCCCUCCCAUUUCCAUUUAUCAUUCUCACCAUUUCCUUCAACUACUUCACUUGCAACCGCCACCACAACCUUCGCAUUCACCCUCCCUUCCAAAUUCAUUGUUUAUCGCUUUGAUUCGUCGGUUUUUGAACUCUUAAAAGGACAUUCUCUUCUUGUUGUUGUGUAUUUGAUUCCUGUUAUUUUUUAGGUUAGUCUUUUCGCUCUUCGAUUCGUUUUCUCUCGAUUAGAUUUGCGAUUUUAAGUGAAGCCGAAACCGAAACUGAAACCCUACGCCGUUGGAAACGUAUUUGUUUGUAAGAGAAACGCUAAAGCUCAUGGAAAGUUAGUAAGUUUUGUCGAGGAAGAAGAUGUCUGUGGAAAGGUCGUUUGAGGCAUGGGAAGAGGUGCAGCGUCACGGGCAGGACCUGGCUGACCGGCUUGCCCAGGGUUUCAGCGGAUUGAUUCAUACGCAUAUGAAUCCUCCGCAAUUCGUGUGGCCGAACCCUCCGCAAUCGAAGCUCUUUGAUCUGGAGUUUCCAACGCAGAGCUUUGGGAAGAGGGAUUUCGCUUUGGCGACUCAGGAGUACGGGAUCAAUGGCGUGUCGGCGAUUUUCGACAUCGGGAACAGGAUCGGGCAGGCUGGGGCGGACUUUGGGGCUAGCUUGAAUGGCCUGGUUCAGCAGUUUUUCCGGUCGUUGCCGGUGCCAGUACCGUUCAAGCAUGAGGAGAGUUCGGUGAGGGUGGAUGGUGGGGAUAAGGGGUGGCAGAGAGGAGGAGUUGGGAUUGCUGUGCCGGAGGAUUUGGGGCUGGGGUCGCUUAGUGAGAGGUUGAAGAAUCAUGGGUUUGCUGAGAGUGUUAGUGGCGGUAGCGGUGGAAGUGCCGAGGAAGAGGGUGGUGGUGGGUUUAACAUUGGCUCUAUUGGUCUCCUGGGCAGGCGUCAGGGAAUAAUAAAUUUUACGUCAACUUAUGAUAGCAGAACUCAAGAAGUGGAAGGUUCUUUAGUUGCAAGGGGAGAUUUGUGGAGACUAGAAGCAUCACAUGGUGGUUCUACUUCUGGAAAUGAAAAUUCAUCUCUUUUCUUAGUUCAGCUUGGACCUCUCCUCUUUAUCCGUGAUUCAACACUCCUCUUGCCUGUUCAUUUGUCAAAGCAGCACUUGUUGUGGUAUGGCUAUGAUAGAAAGAAUGGAAUGCAUUCCCUUUGUCCAGCAGUGUGGUCAAAGCACAGAAGGUGGCUGUUAAUGUCCAUGCUUUGCCUGAAUCCCGUAGCUUGUUCAUUUGUCGAUCUUCAAUUUCCUAAUGGGCAACUAACCUACGUAUCUGGUGAGGGUCUAAGUACCAGUGCUUUCCUUCCUGUUUGCGGAGGUCUUCUUCAAGCUCAGGGUCAAUAUCCUGGGGAAAUGAGAUUCAGCUUUUCAUGCAAGAACAAGUGGGGAACAAGAAUCACACCAAUGGUACAAUGGCCUGACAAAUCAUUUUCUUUGGGUCUUGCUCAAGCCUUGGCCUGGAAGCGAUCUGGUCUCAUGGUGAGACCAUCCGUUCAAUUCAGUUUGUGUCCUACUCUUGGCGGAAGCAAUCCAGGGUUGCGGGCAGAGCUCAUCCAUUCAGUUAAAGAGAAACUUAAUCUAAUUUGUGGAUGUGCUUUCAUGACCUAUCCUUCUGCAUUUGCCUCAGUAUCUAUUGGCAGAUCAAAGUGGAAUGGAAAUGUGGGGAACUCAGGUCUUGUUCUAAGAGUUGAUGUCCCUCUCUCCACCGUUGGGCGCCCUUCCUUCUCCGUUCAAAUAAAUAGUGGCAUUGAGUUUUGAUAGCGUUCUAGUGUUUGGUACGAUCUGUUUAUAUUUUGCAUGAAGUGUACAUAGGUUUGAUUCCUGGACAGUACUUGCAGGAAAUCCAGAAGAAAAAAAAACAGAAAUCCUAACAACAAAGCUUACAGUCUUAUGUGAAUAGAAAAUCCUGCCUUGGUUGGUAGUGUAUUAGUUUGUCAUUUUGGAGCUUUGUACUUACUAUUCAAUUUCUAACUAUUUUGCAGGCUUUAACUUCUAGAAGUUUCAUUCAAAUAUUGUAGGAUUCCUCAUUGUUAUUUUUCCUUAGAUUAGUAUUAGUAUUAAUAUUCACA